UGAAUGAGUCCAGUGGCUGGAUGCUGAGCCCCGGGCAGAGCUGCAGGGCACGGAUGGCGCACGGAGGGCCCCGGGACGGCCCCGUGGCAAUGCCAAUGGGGCUCAUAAUGCUGCUAAUAGCCAUAGUGCCCGUCAGGGCCGCCGCCGAGUCAGUGAGUGCAGAGAAAAGCCUGGUGUGGGGACCGGGACUGCAUGCUGGCAUAGUGCUGCCUGUCAGGUACUUCUACAUACAAGCUGUAACCAGCAAGGGCCACAACUUCACCUCCUCCCCAGGGGAAAAUAUAUUUAAAGUUUCAAUCAAAGCCGCCUCGCCCAAAGAGUUCGUCAGAAUCCACGUCCCCAACCCGCUGGACAGGAACGAUGGUUCCUACCUCAUGAGAUAUCGCAUGUACGGCGCUGUCAGCGAGGGGCUAAUCAUUGAAGUGCGUUAUGGAGAUAAACACGUGGCUGGGUCUCCUUACAUACUGAAAGGGCCGGUUUAUCAUGAAUACUGCGAUUGUCCCGAAGAAGAUCCACACCUCUGGCAGCAGACUCUUUCCUGCCCGUCCAAAGAAAUGCAAAUUUCUAAAGAUUUUGCCCCGUUCCCCAGCAUAGACCUCAACAGAAUGUUGGAAGAAGUCCCAAGGAGGUUCGCCGAAAAGAGGGGGGCCAUCGUUCAUUAUACCGUCCUCAAUAAUAACAUCUAUCGGCGUACUUUGGGCAAGUACACGGACUUCAAAAUGUUCUCUGACGAGAUGUUGCUGUCGUUGGCACGGAAGGUACGUCUGCCCGAUUUUGAAUUUUAUAUUAAUGUUGGGGAUUGGCCAGUGGAGCAUCGAAAGGCCAAUGAUACCCCGGGCCCUCUGCCAAUGAUUUCUUGGUGUGGUUCUACCGAUUCGCGAGACAUCAUUCUUCCGACAUAUGACAUCACUCACUCGACUCUUGAAGCAAUGCGUGGUGUUACCCUCGACCUCCUCUCCGUUCAAGGACACACCGGUCCUUCUUGGAACAACAAAACCGAGCAGGCCUUUUUCAGAGGAAGAGACAGCCGAGAGGAACGUCUGGAGCUCGUUCACUUGUCCAAAAAGCACCCAGAACUGCUGGACGCAGGCAUUACAGGAUACUUCUUCUUUCGGGAACAGGAGAAGAGACUUGGGAAAGCAUCCCUCGUUGGGUUCUUUGAUUUCUUUAAAUAUAAAUACCAGGUAAACGUGGACGGCACGGUGGCUGCGUAUAGAUUCCCAUAUCUCAUGCUUGGAGACAGCCUCGUGUUAAAGCAAGCGUCCCCCUACUACGAGCAUUUUUAUUCUGCUCUAAAGCCGGGCAAACAUUACGUUCCUGUAAGGCGAAAACUCGGUGACCUGAUAGAAAAAAUACAGUGGGCUAAGGAAAAUGAUGAAGAAGCUCACAAAAUUUCCAGGGAAGGGCAAACUCUUGCCAGGGAACUGCUUCAGCCUCAUCGCCUUUACUGCUAUUACUAUAAAGUCUUCCAGAAAUAUGCGAAGCGGCAAACAAGCCGGCCGGAAAUCCGCGAGAAGAUGGAACACGUGCCUCAGCCCAACGACAACUCGGCCAUCUGCAACUGCCACCGAGGGAAGAUCACCAGAGAUGAACUCUAGGCUUUCGGAGGAGGCAGCUCUCUGUGAUCGCUGUUGGAAGAGGAUGGUGUGAUUUUGCAUACGU